UCACAGUUUAAUUUCACGUUUCGUUCACUCACAUAGAGCUCUUCGGGGCUCACUUGAUGUUAUUGUGCCCGUCUGCCAUUGGAAUAGUUGUUUUCGUGACGUCGAUGGUGUAGCGUCUGUGUUUUCCCCUAACCAGAGCUGAAGUGAAUAAUACUUCGUUUUUACGCUUUUUGGAAACGAGGAAGUUGUGCCUUUUGAUUUUUCUGAAUUUGUAUAAUUUGGGGUAUUUUUAGAUACUAAAUAGUCAAUUAUUUAGCCAUUUAUGUUUUAAUUGAAACAACAAAAUUCCAUUACGGGAUGGUCUCUAAGGUGCCGUGCUCACGUUUGCUGUCGGCCUGAGGCGCGAAAUCUGACAUGAAAAUUUAUAUAUCGCGCGCCUCUUAAUGUCACCAGGGAGUAAUUUAUCCAGUGAAUUUGAUAAACAUUUUCCGGGUGUUCAUUAUUUUGGAGUUAUAUCGUGUGUUUUAUUGUUUUAUGGCGCCACCCUCUCAACGUGUUAAUGUAACGUCCAAUGCGAAUUGGUACAACAAUUGAGUGAAUGUUUAAGUUGGUGAAUCACAUGCAUAUUUGGAAAGAGGUGUCUGUGAAAGUGUAUUCAGUGGAGAUCUGAAUUUUUCAAAUCCAAUUUGGAGUCGUGGGAACUUAAUGCUUUCAACAAAGGAAUAACUCUGUCCCCCAGAAACAUGAACCCAUUGAAAAGGUAAACUGGAGUUCGGCUGCGUCUUAUUUAUCCUGACAUAAGGACUUGUACGAAUGUUAAAGGAUAAAUAACAUUCUGAUAUAUUAUCCUGCCUUGAGGUCAGUUUCCUAUUGCAUUUGCAGUGCUCAUUGGAUUUAAAAUAGCUGCACCGUUCCAAAGGAUACAGGAAUAUUCAUUCAUUAUUCCAAUCCAUCUUGCAACUAAUUGAAAGUGUAUCUUUCUCUCAACGCAUAGAAAAAAGAUUUUUUCUUCAACAAAUGUAAGGAGGAGGAGCUCUAGUCCGAGGAACUAUCAUUUCAGAAAUUCCUUUCAAAUCUAAAAUCUCACCUGAACUCUUACAAAAGUACGGCUUCCAACAAAACCGGAACACACCUGAGAUUGAUAUAGAUGACAACAACAGCAAUCCUACCCCCAUUAGAAUCACGAUUGCCAUUGGAGUUAUCAUCUUCAUCACUUUUUCUCCCACCAUCGUUACCGACAUCAGUACUACCCUUACAUAGGGUGCAACGUAAACAAAAAAGCUUUCUACCACUGCUGAAAUUUGCAUGACACCAUGAUAACUUCUCCAUUGAAACUAAUUGUCAACGACGGGGGACCAUCGAUGGCGACCCUCACAAUAGCUCUAUUCAUCACGACUGCACAAAUAAUAACGGCAAAGUCCUUAGGCGCUCGUCCCGAAUGUCCACCGUUGCCCACAACCUGUUCAUGCUCCUUUGUAUUCGGCGAUUUGGAGAUACAAUGCCCAAUCGACGAUCCUAAUAUUAUUGUCAGGAUUCAACCCAGCGAAUAUGUUCAGAUUGAAUGUGCAAAGAUGAGCGAAAAGGAUUACGCAUUUCUCCCUCAAAUGGAGAUAGGUGAUUCGACUAGAGUGCAAAUUCGAAGAUGUCCUUUGCCGAGAGGCCAGUCAUUGAAAUCAAUCAUAAAUCGGCUUGGAAUCGGACGAGUGCGAUUCUUGCUGUUCCAGAGCUACGGGACUGACUUAGGCAAUACAUUGGUCCGGGAGCAUCUACGCGGAUUUAACGAUUUGGAGCGCUUAGCGCUAAGAGGAAAUGGUUUAUCCGAUUUGCCAGCUGAUUUAUUCAGUGACCUAGGAAAUCUCACGUGGUUGGAUUUGAGCUCCAACCGAGUUCAUUUGCCAAAGGAUAUUUUUGUAAAUUUGGACAAGUUGAAUUAUUUAGAGCUGGGGUUCAAUAAGCUGGAGAGACUGGAGCCUGGCAUAUUCCGCAAUCAGAAGCAUCUCAAACAUUUAAAUAUGUGGAGCAACCGACUUCAAAACCUUUCUAUGGAAUCAUUCGAAGGAAUCUCAUCGAUAACGGCCUUAGACCUUAGCGCAAAUGAACUAACAUCCUUGGAACCGGAUGUAUUUAAACUCCUUACAAACCUAGAAGUAAUCAACCUUAGUAAAAAUAACUUCACUGAAUUGCCUGAAGGACUAUUUUCGAGCAAUUGGAAAUUACGAGAAAUUCGACUACUAGAAAAUUUGAAAGUAAUGGAGACUCUCCCGUCAGGAUUUCUAGCUGACCUUCCAGAGCUAGCAGAGGUUCGUAUCAAGGCGUCAUUGCGAAAUCUGCCAGGGAAUAUGUUCGCGGGGUCGGAAAGUAUCCAAAAUGUGUCGUUAGCGGGCAACUUGUUGGAAGCAUUGCCGGCCGAAUUGUUUUCAAAUCAAAGCAAUUUGAUCAAAUUGGAUCUUCAUCAAAAUAAGUUGACAGGACUCCCCGACGAUAUAUUUGCUUAUACGAGAUCGCUCGUUAUAUUGGAUUUGUCUUACAACAAAUUAGAGAAUAUCUCAAGCGAUCUCUUACGGAACCUGCCCAAGCUCAUCGAACUAAAUCUACAGAACAACAAUCUUCACCAUAUUGACCUCCAAGCCUUUGUGGGAGUAAAGCAGCUUCAAAAAUUCAACGCACAGAAUAAUUAUCUAUCCUUCAAGGAUGUAGCAAUUGGAUUUACUGAAGCCGAGGCCUUCGAAAUUGGAUCACCUUUCCAAUCUCUGUCAGAGUUAAAAGUAUUAAAUCUACGUAAUAAUUCCAUCAGCUACAUCUUCCGGGACUGGACCUUCAGCUUUCCCCGUCUGGAGCGAUUGGAUCUCAGUCAUAACGAUAUAAACAUGUUAGAUAUUAGGGACUUACAGUUUGUUGCGCAAUUUCUUACAGUAGAUUUAACUAGUAAUAAUAUUGAGGAGGUCAAUUUCCGAGCGGUUGAGGAAAUUCUCCUGCCAGAAAAGAAGAUAUCUGUGCAGAUGGGAAAGAACCCUUUAAUUUGUAACUGCAUUAUUCUCCAUUUCGUCCAAUACCUACACGGAGUAGUGGGUAAAGAAUUGAAAAAUAAUUUGUCAAUCGUUCCGGGUGAACUGAAAUGUGCCGCACCGGAGAAUCUUAAGGGGAAAGAUGUUACCAGCUUAAAAUACCAAGACUUACUAUGCCAGUUAGAUUCUCCACAAAGUCAGCAGAAGAAGUGUCCUAGCAUGUGUAGAUGCUGGGUACGUUCCUUUGAUUUAUCUCUCAUUGUCAACUGUACGAGUGCAGGAUUGACUAAAGUACCGCCCCUACCGAUCAUCCACGAAUUCGGGAUGCGGUCCAUUGAACUUCACAUUGAAAGUAACAAAAUAUCUAGUCUUCCAGGAAAUGAUCAUCCAGGAUACGCACAAGUGCGGGAGCUGUAUGCAAAGAAUAAUAACAUUUCACGUAUCACUGCCAAGAAUAUUCCAAGUAGCUUGCUUGUCCUAGAUUUAUCUAAUAAUUCACUUGCUUGGAUUAAUACCACCGUCUUUGAAGCGGCCAAUCGAACAAGCCAACUAACUCGCCUGUCCUUAGGCAACAAUCCUUGGCGAUGUGACUGCGACGCUCGGCAUUUGUUGUCCUUCGUACGAACGAACUUUAAGCGAAUUCAAGAUCUAAGCUUAAUGAAGUGCACCACAGGCGCUCGUUUUUCAUCCCUAUCUCCUGGCGAUUUGUGUACAGAGGACCAAGUUUUCGUGAUCGUAGCCUGUGUGGUUGCUGUGUUUGGUCUACUCUUCGGAAUUUUGGCCAGUCUAUACUAUCGAUUCCAGUCAGAGAUCAAAGUUUGGCUGUUUGCACAUAACAUGUGUUUGUGGUUUGUUACCGAGGAUGAACUGGAUAAGGACAAGAAGUAUGAUGCCUUUAUAUCAUAUUCCCAUAAGGAUGAAGAUUUCGUUACUGAGAAACUUCUACCGAGCCUUGAAAAUGGUCCCAUACCUUAUAAACUUUGCUUGCAUGAACGUGACUGGGUUCCAGGGGAGUUUAUUCCUACUCAGAUUAUCCAGUCGGUUAAUGAUUCACGACGGACGGUAGUUAUCCUUUCUCCUAAUUUCCUUGAGUCUGUUUGGGGCAAAAUGGAGUUCCAGACUGCUCAUAAGGCAGCCCUGGAGGAGGGUCGGUCCCGAAUUAUCAUCAUCAUUUACGGUGAUAUUGGUGACACAGCAAAUCUUGAUCCUGAAUUGAAAGCCUAUUUGAACAUGAACACGUACGUGAAAUGGGGAGAUCCUUGGUUCUGGAAAAAGUUGCGCUAUGCCAUGCCCCAUCCACAACACAUGCAAUCUGCUGCCAAGAAAGGACUCGUUAAGAAUGUUUUGAAAGGCUCAACCGAUGACAAAUUGGAAUUGAUAAAGCCAGUCCCAAUAACACCCCCACCACUUACUACCCCACCAGCCGAGCAGGCCAGCAAAAACCCACUUUUGUCUAAACUGAACGGGAGCAUCGGAAAUGGUACUGUUGGCGGCCAGCAUACACAGCAAAAUGGAAAAAUUGCAAAUGGUCAUCUUAAUGGACAUGUUAAUGGUGCUUUCAUAAUUAAUACAAAUGCGAAGCAAAGCGACGUGUAGGGGUACGAGAUAAAUUUGAAUUUUAUAGAUGUUAAGUUAUGAUAGUAGAUAAUGAAUAAUAAAUUUUUAGGGUUAUUGAAAAUUAUGUAUAAAUGCAUGGCUUAAAUGGCGGCUAAAUGGAUGAUGAAUCUCGUUGGGAUUAUUUAAUCAUGAAUGUAUAUUCAAAAGUGGGAAAUGAAUAUUCAAUAGGUUUCCAGCCAUGUGAGGGUUUUGUCCGAAGAUACCAAACAUCACAUUAAACUUAAUUAACGGCUGAGUAAAUUUGCUUUGAUUUGGGCACACUGAAAUGUGCAAGUCAACCCAAAUUGAUGAGGUAUUCAAACUUCAUUUAAAAAGUGGAGUCUUCUCAUCCAUUUACAGAACAAUUUUCCCAUUAAAUCAAUAAACAACUAAACGGAAUAAAUGGAUUAUGUAUGUCAAUGUACAUAGAUGUAAAAAAUACAACCCAAGUAGGUUAGAAAUAACAUAGAAGUAGUGAAAUCUAUACCAAAACUCUCAAUUUUUUAAUUGCAAUAAUUUUAUCACCCAGACACUUGCAUCAAUACAUAGAUAUGAGAAAGUACACUGAAAAUUUUGUUUGUUUACCUGAGGAUUUUAGAAGUUCUGUUUGUUCAAAAAAUUUGGUUUCGUCCUUUGGAAAUUUUAUUGUAUUGAACUCCGAAGUGCAGUGCGUGGUUAGUGGCAGCUUCCAUCAUUCAACAGCCUCGAGCUAAUGGCAACUUCUGUUUGCGAUAUGUCACCGGAGACCUCAUUGAUAUUUCAGUUAAAGACUUACGUUGGUGUACAAAUCAAUAACAGGGGACGAAUUUUUUAGGAUACAUAGAUUUUCAAUUGCAGAAGGAUGGCAUUUCUACAGCUAACUAUGCUACGUAGCCUAAACGCUGUAAUGUACUACAACCUACUGAAAUGUCCUUUGCGUGUUCACUCCGUAUCUUGGAUCACAGAUAAGCUAGCUGAGAAAGUAGUUUUGGAUCCAAAUUUAGAUUCCUGGAUUUCUCCAUCUUUGGGAUGAACUGUUCAAGUGUGGCUUAUUGAAACAUGAAAUAUGGUAAGUUGUCCUGUGUUGUAGUGCACUUUUGAGAAGCAACUCUCAUUCACUCCUCUAUCUGAUUCUGAUUUAUCUCUUACCUCUUCAAAGCACAUCCCAGUAUAUACAAGUAAAAACACGGCAAAAUAUUACUCUAGGAAACUGUCACCAAACAAUAAUACUGGGUUUUCCCAAGAGCUACUUGCCUAAUAUUCUUUUACCUUAAAAAGCAUUCGUGAUUCGCUUAACAUUCAAGAAUAGAAAUAGACUGAUAGCCUCCACCAAAGAUGCUACCAUUCUAAGAAAGGCGAUCAUAUCAAGUUAUUAAGAGUUGAACCAUUGUAUGCAUAAGUUAGUACAUUUUUAUCAAUUUUAACUAAGCCUCAGAUUUUCCCCUCUUAUCAUUUUGAGUCCCUUCACUAUGUUAGCUAGUAUAUAAAGAAAAUUAUUGUCUUGUGAUAAAAUUAAAAUAAACACACCAACUCCACAGAUACAGAAAAAGGAUACAUCUGAAUACAAUAAACUAUCUAUCUCCAUAUUAUAAAGCGGAAAAUUUCUUUCAAAUUAUUUCUAUCGAACUUAGCUUGUCAAGAUAGUCGACAAAUUUACUUAAUUACUCGAAAAAAGAUAACGCAAUGUAAUUGAAAAAAUACUAAUAAUAAAAGUUGAAAAUGUGACUGAUUUAUUGUACGAGUAUAAAUUUAAUCCAGAAAAUCGAAUUAUAUUGUUAUUAGUCUACCAUUAAGUUAUAAGAAUCUAAAAAUCGAAUAAGGGCAAAUCUGUACAUACACCAAGAAACAUAGAUUUUAAGUGAAAAAAACUUGAUCUUAAAAAUAAGUGUGUCACCAAAAAAGAGGUCGCGUUGUAGUUAUUACUAAAAAGGAUCAAAUAAGUUGCAAACUUCCGCGAAUUAAAUAAAAUAAUAUUAGAAUAAACUACAAAAUAAACGUUAAUUCUAAACAACAAUUUAAGAAAUAUUGGAAAUUUUCAAAAUUUUAUUUAAUUGCUAAGAAAACCUAUAUUUUUUGAUAUGCUGGAAUUCUCCCGUUUUUUCGUUAGGUUUUAGUAUACAUUUAAAUAUAAGCGCGCUGCAGAACAUCUUUAUAUAUAAGUAUAUUAUGUAUAAGCAAUGAAUUUUAUACAAAUGAGACUUAGGAAACAAUAAUUACAAUAAUAAAUUUGAUUUAUUAUAUUGAUGAA